UUUGCGACUCCCCACGUACUAACACGUUUGCAUAAAAUGGGAGGGAGGGAGUAUCCGAAUUCGAGUAUAAAAAGGCUCAACUGCCAAAACGAACAUAGUUAUGAUCCUCAUUAAUCCUCAUCACACAAACAUAAAACAUUCCCUCCAAUGAAUUCAUACGCUUACUUAUACACAAAAAAAAGUGAAUGUAUAUAACUAACUAUAUAUAGAUGUGAUUGGAAUGUGAAUUGCUGAUUGAUCAAAUCAUAAUAAUAACAAUAAUAAUAAUAAUGGGGACUUUAGGUGCAAUUCUAAGGCAUCCAGAGGAUAUAUAUCCAUUGAUGAAGCUGAAGGUAGCGGCACGAUAUGCCGAAAAACAGAUCCCUUCACAGCCACAUUGGGCUUUUUGUUACAUCAUGCUUCACAAGGUCUCUCGUAGUUUUUCUCUUGUCAUUCAACAGCUUCCUGUUGAGCUUCGCGACGCCGUAUGCAUUUUUUAUUUGGUUCUUCGAGCACUAGACACCGUUGAGGACGAUACGAGUGUAGCCACAGACGUAAAAGUACCUAUUUUGAUGUCCUUCCAUCGCCAUGUUUAUGAUCGUGAAUGGCAUUUUUCAUGCGGUACAAAGGACUACAAGGUUCUUAUGGAUCAGUUCCAUCAUGUUUCAACUGCUUUUUUGGAGCUAGGGAAAUAUUACAAGGAGGCAAUUGAGGACAUUACCAUGAGGAUGGGUGCAGGAAUGGCAAAGUUUAUAUACAAGGAGGUGGAAACAAUUGAUGAUUAUGAUGAAUAUUGUCACUAUGUAGCUGGGCUGGUUGGAUUAGGCUUAUCAAGACUUUUCUUCGUCUCUGGGAAAGAAGAUUCGGCUUCAGAUUCUCUCUGCAACUCCAUGGGUUUAUUUCUUCAGAAAACAAAUAUCAUUAGAGAUUAUCUGGAAGACAUAAAUGAAGUACCUAAGUGUCGCAUGUUUUGGCCUCGUCAGAUUUGGAAUAAAUACGUUAACAAGCUCGAGGACUUGAAGUAUGAGGAAAAUUCUGUCAAGGCAGUGCAAUGUCUGAAUGAAAUGGUCACUAAUGCUUUGGCACAUGUAGAAGAUUGUUUGACUUACAUGUCCACACUGCGGGAUCCUGCUCUCUUUCGAUUUUGUGCUAUUCCACAGGUCAUGGCAAUUGGGACACUGGCAAAGUGCUACAACAACAUUGAAGUCUUCAGAGGAGUUGUAAAAAUGAGACGUGGUCUCACUGCUAAAGUUAUUGACCGGACCAGGACCAUGGCAGAUGUGUAUGGUGCUUUCUUCGACUUCUCUUGUAUUCUGAAAUCCAAGGUGGAGUAUAAAGAUCCAAAUGCGGCGAAAACUUUACAGAGGCUUGAAGUAAUCUUGAGAACUUGCAAAGACUCGGGAACCUUGAACAAAAGGAAAUCUUACGUAAUCCAGAGCAGACCUAAUUACAAUUCAACUGUGGUUGUUGUCCUUGUUGUCAUAGUGGCUAUCCUUCUUGCAUACCUAUCUGGAAACCGGCCUUAGACCAUGUUGACUUUAGAAGAAAGAUUGGUCAAAAAAAGAUGGAGCAAGCUCUUGGCCGAGUAUGUAAUAGCUGCGGAUUUUGGCGUCUGUAACUAUGUUAGUGAUAGUAACAUUUUGGGGAAAAAAACCUAUUUUUAGUUGUUUUGAGUCUUGUGGCAUCCUUUGUUUUGCAAGCAGCAAAAGUAAAUAGUACUGUAAAGCCACCUUAUACGCAAUAUAUAUUUCAAUAGUCUGUUCACUUAGUGGUAAAUCCACGUAUUUUAACACCACACGUUGUGUGCAUUCUCCAAAACCUUAAGAUUUUUGUCAGUGGUGGAAACAAGUUGUGAAUUGCUCAUUUACUGUAAAGAUAAAAUGAUGACUUCCUCUUCAGGUAUGAACGAAAAUGAAAAUGGUCACAAGUCCAGUUUUUCCCUUUCAUACCCCAAAUUUGGAAUGGAUUUCAUAUUGGAUAGUGCAAGCUUUCACGAGCACAUAAGAGUGGCCUCAUACGUAAGGUGUUGUAAAUGUCUAUUGGUAUAGAGGAAUAUCGUGUCAUAAGCUUCUACCGUAUUUUGCACCAAGUCUAUGUAAAUUUUAGGAGAUUGUAGAUCUUUCGAGACAAUUUCCUUCUAUGUAAUUUUAAGUCUUCUUCAUUCCCUUUAAAUACCUUUAUUCACCAUACUUCAAACGAUGACCAACCAUCUCAAGCGAUCAUUCAUAUUAUUCUCUUUAUGUUCCACUUGC